GGCGAUUGCACUUGGCGAGAUGCUUGAGCUGCCGGUGCCCAACAAGUUCUUCCCGCCCGUGCACCUCGACGAUGCGGACGAGCUGCACCUGCGGCGCCUCGCCAAGGACAAGCUCCGGCUCAUGACGGACCUUCUCCACGGCCAGCAGACGCAAACGCUCAGCUGGACGCCAUGCGAGGGCCAAACCGCCGACGGCUGCCACGUCCUCAAGGCGCAUUUUGUGGACCUCGAGGCCAACUCGCAGCGCGCGCACGCGUGUGUCCUCUACCGCGCGUCGGUCGUGCUCACAGCGAGCGUGCCCGAGGUCAUGUCGGUGCUCGCCGUCCCCAAGACGGACGACUAUCGGCGCAUGAUGAAGAGCGUGUAUGGCCACGAUUUUCUCGACGGCUACGUGCUCCACACGCUGCCGCGCAAGAAGCUCCAUCGCCCGACCUACUUUUACACGAGCUUGAAAUGGUGUGCGCUGGCCGCGCGCAACGCGGUGGGCGGCCGCGGCAGCGACUUUUGCUUCCUCGAGUACGCAGGGAUUCGCAAAGAGAGUGCGACGUCGCUCCUCGGCUUUUGCAUCCAGCAGUCGGUCGCCAUGGACGGCGAAGUCCCCGACUUUGGCUCGUAUGGGCUCACGCGUGAUGCGUUCCUUCGGACCGGUAUCCUCGUCACGCCGACGGACCGCGACGGGCACGUCCGCGUCACGUCGUUUUGCCAAGUGCAAAGCGCAACUCUCGCCGGUGCGAGCGGCAGUGCCGACUACGAAGACGUCAUGCGCCGGCGGGUCGCAGCGAUUCGAGGUCUCCAGAGCUACUUGGAGCGGGGUCGGCUCGGGAAGCUGCCGUUCGUCGAGCGCUGGCGCUGGGUGCGCGACGAAGAUCGCAAGACGUGCAGCGUCUGCGUGCGCAACUUUACGUUUCGGCGCCGGCACCACUGCCGCCAGUGCGGCGAAGUGGUUUGCUCGGGCUGUGCGCCGUACCGGGAAGUCGAGACGCCGACCGCCGGACCCAACCGCGUCCGCAUUUGCAACGUUUGCUUCGCCCGCGCCCACGGCAUCGUGCACCGACCGCUCUCCGACUCGGUGCUCGAGUCGUCUGUCUACACGGACGACGGCGCGUCGUUCUCGCUGCCGCCCGUGACACCACAGCGGCUGGCAUACCGGCGGUCGUCAACUUCAACGGUGCGGUCGCCCGUCACGCGACGGACGCGGUCGCAGCGCUCUGCGUCCAUGGGUGACCUCGACGACGACGACGACGACGAUGACGAUCCAGCAGUGCCCGUGCGCCGCCUCGCCCACCCGCGUCCGCUGCGCGAUACGUUCGAGCGCGCCGAGCCACCGUCGCUCGAACACGCCAUGGCCGAGAUUACGCAGCGCAUCAAGGCGACGCAGCUCGCAAUCCUAUCGAGCGUCUCGAGCCGCGAGCGCGAGAUGCAGCGGUGGCCGGCCAUGCCGCCGGUACCGUCGCCAGCCUCGUCGUCGUCGUCGUCAUCGUCCGAGCCGGCGCCCGAGGCUCCGCCGGUUCGCCCAUAUGCGUUUCCGCUCUACGACAGCAGCGACGUCGACGACGAAGCGUCGGCUGCCAGCUACAAGACGAACGCGACCGACGACACUGAAUGCCCCUUUGCACCUCAAAACUACCACCAGCUCAUGCAGCAGCUUCAGUUGUCGACAGUCGACGGGCGCGACGACUUGAGUGACUUCCACCUUGAGCUGAACGUCAACCACGGCCUUGACGACGACGACUUGGCCAUCAGCGAGAUUGGCACCGAGUUCCUGACGAUGGAGCGCCCGACGCCGAUCGUCGUCGUUGACCCGCCGCCGCCGAGUACGCCCAAACCACCGUCAUCGUCCGGUCGGCAUUUGCCGCCACCAAUGCCGGCAUCGAUGAAAGCAUCGCUCCUGGCGCGGCAGGCCGCCCUCCGGUCGAGCGAAGCGGCCAUGAGCAAUGUGAGCAGCUGUCUCUGGAAAGAGCCGACGUCGGCGCCGCUCCCGCCGCCGCCACCGUCGCUACCGCACUCGACCCGACGACUGCAAUCGACGCAGAGCCAGUCGACGCCCAAGGCCGUGUGGGCACCGUCUCCGCCGCCCGUGGCCGCCAACGCAAUGCGAUCGCUCAAGGUUGACGAGAGCAGCGGCGACAUCCAAGCGAGCCUUGCGCACCAAGCGUUUGCGCAGCUCGAAGCCGAGUGCCCGAGCACACCCGAGCGCACGGCGAUUCUGCAGGCGCUCGUGACGACCUUCUCGUCGCUCUUGUCGCACAAAGAAGAGUCGGACUUUUGCGUUUUGAAUCGAUCAGACCAUGCAUUUGCGGCCGUGCUCCAGGCAUACCCGUCGACGCUCAAGCUGCUGCAGCUGGCGGGCUACGCCAUUUACCCCCAGCGCUGCGUGCUCUCGGACUUUGAUGCGGUCUUGCUCACCAACCUCGUGGGAACGCUCAAGCGAAUUCUCAGCGACCCCCAGCACCGCCACUCGUACUACUCGAGCCAGUGGUCGUUCUAGUUAGUACCCCACCAUUUCUUUAGUCGCUCACGAGAGAGGUCGAGUCGUUAAUGGAUCGUCUCGAUUUGAUUGUGGUC